GCAAGCGCUACAGACACGCCUUAACCGCGUCAAGAUUCUCUUCCAGGUUCAGAGCUUCAAAAGCUCCAUUCUUUUUCUUAACAAAACACCAAUAAUACUACAACACUACUAACCAUCACGUCCGUCGCAAGCCAUCACCUCCCUCGAUAGAUGAUAAUCUGCGACUACCUGUUGAACUGCGAUAUUUAGCGACUUGGAGGAUGCUGGUUAGCAGCCAGCUCCCCAUCCAAAAUUAAUAACCGUAUUCUAGACCACCUCCUACCUUUACCCUCCCUCACACGACGAUGUCCCAAGGACCACCGAACAUGUUUGGCCUACAGUUUGGCGCGCCAUCGCCACCUCUCGAUGUGGAUGAGCAAAGUACAACACCACUAAUACCAUCAAUUGAAUUUGGAGAGCCCAUGGAGACUAACCAUCCCGUUCCAACAGCAACGCCUUUCUAUACCCAAGCCGAGAACGAAUUCGCAACAGAUGCCGAAGAGUUCGCCAGGGACCUUGAUUCACUCUCGUUAGUGCGAAAGUCUCCGGCUGAGCAACGAGCAGAAAUUUUUAAGCUAGUUGAUUCCUACUACCACUACGCGGCUAAGAAGGUUCACGCCAUACGCAAAUCGCAAGGAAAGGGAGCUGGCACUGGGCUGAGUCAUUCACAUUAUGCUUCUAGUCAAGAUUCAAUGGAAUUAGACGAUGCGGAAAAUUCGCCGGGAUUUCCAGGUUCAGCAGAGUCACUUAAGAGAUGGGAGUUGGAAGCCCAGACUUGGGACCUGCUGCGUCGCCUCCUGCCGUUGCGAUACUCGAACAAGACCUCACUGAAACCGACGCGCCAUGACGUAACAAGAUUCCAAUCAUCUUCCGAGCUCUGGGAAGAGUUUCUCCAAUCAGAUUCUACUGCGCAGGAGCGCAAGGCGGUUUUGGAAUGCUUACAGGCCAGCGCAGAUGAAUCGCGUACGGAUAUCGACGAAUUGGUACGGGAUUAUCAACAGCGGGCAGAGAGGGGUGAUAUCAUCGCAUACGGUUGGCUCCAUACACGAUCUGCUAUUAAGAUGCAGAAGAACCUCCACGGCUGGUCCGGAGCUCUGGACCCUAACGCUCCUGACGUCGUUCAGAAGCUCCGUAACGGACCGAACCCCCUGGUAACCCAACUUGACCCUGAUGUAGCAACGAGGCAGAAUCGAAAACUCCUGCCGCAAGACGAAUAUUUUGAACGAGCCAUUUGGGUCGGAUGCUACGAACUGCUACGACGAGGGCGAAGCAUCGCUGAGAUUCGAGACUGGUGUGUCGAGAGGACUGAGGUCUGGAGAGCGGUUAGCAUGUCAGCUAUGCCCUUGUCCAAGGAAGAAAGUGAUAUUCGUUUUGGCUGUGAUCCGCUCUCAAUGCUUCUCUGGCGACGCACUUGUUUCGCCUUAGCACGACAGGGCGGUACCGACGACUUCGAGCGCGCUGUCUACGGUAUCCUUUCGGGUGAUAUACAAAGUGUCGAGAAAAUCUGCGAAGAUUGGGACGAUUUUGUCUAUGCCCACUACAAUGCGUUGCUGCGAACGCAGUUUGACGCUUACCUGAUGAAACGAUCUCCGCCAGACGCGACUGCUGCCAUUACCCAAAGCUUUCCGGCCGCUUUCAACGCUGUUCAAUUUCAUGGCGAUGCUGGUUCCGUCGGAGAACGUCUUGUCAAAUCCUUGGAGACGAACGAUAAGACUUCCAAAGAGGCGAAAACGCCUGUGAAGACCCUUCAAGCAGCUAUUCUUUCCGAUAACCUAGAUCAGUACACCUAUGAACUCGGUCUUGCGCUUUCCAAGUUGGCGAAUAAGGAGGGCGUAUCGGCAUUAAUACCGCGUUAUAAUUCCGAUGAUCAAGACAUAGACGAUACCAAAUAUGUCCAACCGACAGACCACAGUAGUCUGCGCGUUUUGGUCCACGUGUAUCUGAUUUUGUCAAAUCUCGAGCAGCUAGAGGGUGGUCUGCACGCGGAGCUUUCCGAACGUCACAAAGUGCAGGAAAAUGUUCUCUCUGCGUACGUGACUACUCUGAGGCUAACAGGUUUGACGGACAUAAUGCCUCUGUACUGCAGUCAUAUGCAAGGAGACAGGGCUUUCUUCACGCUCAGCCGAAAUGUCACCGGCGUUACUGAUCAACCGGAACGAGAGAUUUUAUUGAGACUUAUGGAAAAGCUUGGUAUGGAUAUUGCCGAAUUUGUCCAAUUCCAGCCUCGAUCUAUUCUUCAGCAGCAUCCCUUACCGGCAGAGCGCCCUCCGCCGUUUGGUAGAUUCACCAUGUUCUCCAACGAACCACCCUCGCUCAAGUAUGGACGUCCUCUGAAGCCAGACUUUCUUGGUGAACCCCCGGAGAAUCUUGAUGAUGUGGAUGAACAUCUCAUCCAGUCGUUGGAAUGGUUCCUUCUUGUUGAUGGUCUUUGGUACGAAACUUUCCGAUAUGGUACUGCCAUCUACAAACGCUUUCUCAUGCAAUUCAAUCUCCAUGCAGCACGUGCCUUGGCUGACCGAGUUCGUUGCUCCGAAAUAUUUAAGAGGAAGGCAGGUAUUAUAUACUCGGACGAUUCAGAUGUGUCAUGGUUCGAGGAAGUCCGAGCAAGCGCCGCAACUGGCUCGUUAGAGGACAACGGUCUCAGCCCGGAGGAGAUUGCUGCGGCCCAAAACUAUUUCGAGAUGGAAUGUUUAACUAGAGCUCUGGACCUGAUGGAAACCAUUGCUUCGAGUCAAUUAUUGGUCCAAGACCCAGCUGAGAGAGUAGGCAGGGACUUCUGGUCUCACAUAGGUCACGAACUGAAGACCAUUAAGAGCCUCAUGCAGCCGAUACUGAACAACUGGCUAAUGGAGAGUAUCGAAGAAGACGAAGACUUCACCUACCUUCGAGAUGCGUAUCUUCCCGAGACGGUCAUAGGAUACGUGAGCGUGUUGCAUUUUGCGGGGACGGCAUUAACGCGCGACAACUUGUUAGAAUGCAUGGAACUUGCUUCGGUGAUCGCGAAGAAGGAUGCGGACGUGCAAGCGGUAAUCAUGAAGGCCGGGCGAAUGAAGGAGCUUGUGGAGGGUUUUGCGAGUUGCAGCAAAGCACUUGCGGUAAGCAGCAACGACAAGAAGGGGCCCAGUGGCAUGAACAGCAAGAGAAUGAUGCGCGAACACGGAUGGACACGAGAGCUGUGGUCAGUCAAGAAGUGAGAUGGCCUAUACGGUCUGAGAUGAAGAUCAACGGCUCUAUUUUGCACUUGCAUUUCGGGGGUAAAGUCUGGCUUAACGGCGUUGGUUGGCUUUGAGGAUGUGAUGAUGACCAUCAAAAAUGAGGGCGUUCUUCGGGGUAUACUAAAUGCCCGUAGUGUAGCAUGACGAACCUGAAUAUGAAUCAGUGUGUAAUUCCUACAAUUGUCCACGUUUAUAAAAUGCAUCUUAUGAACCUCCCUGCUUCUAUGCUUUAUAUCCAGC